GCUUCUUUACCCCCGUUCCCUUCUCUCUCAGACCCCUCUCUCCUCUCUUGGCCUCCUUUCCCUCGCGGCGACCGGCGGCGCCGUUCGCCACGUCUUCGCCGGGCCCUUUCCCGGCGGCGGCUGGGCGAGCAGCGGCGCCAUUCGCCACGUCUUCCUCGCCGGGCCCUUCGCGGGCGACGAGCGCCCACCAGCAGGGAGCACGGCCGGGAAUGCAGAUGGACGCGGAGACGGUGCAGGCGGCUCCUGCGCUCGCGGCCCGUCUGCAGAACUCGCCGAAGCCACAGGUCAGCAAGUACUACUUCAAGAAGAAGACCAGUAGCCACAGCAGCAGAAACGGCAAGGAUGAUGCCAACCACGACUCCAGGAUCCAAUCCAGGUCGCCCCCGAGCAGACAGAGCCUGACCUUCUACGACACCCCCACCUACCACACUGGAGCCUUCUACGAGAUUGACCACGAGAAGUUGCCCCCCAAAUCUCCAAUCCAUCUGAAAUCCAUACGUGUGGUAAAGGUGAGCGAGUGCACACACCUGGACGUCACGGUGAAAUUCCCAUCCCUCCAGGCGCUGCGCAGCUUCUUCUCCUCCUACCCAGCGUCCGGAACCGGACCAGAGCUCGACGAGUGCUUCAUCAUGAGCAACAACCAUGCCACGCGCAUCUUGCGCCACCGGGUAGCCGAUGAGGAGCUUGAGGGCACGGUGCACAAGGACAGCUUCUGGCUCAUCAAGCCCCACCUCUACGACUUCGCCACGUCCCAGCAGGCACCACCUGCUCCACCGGCGGCUAAGGUGGCGCUGGUAGCCGACUCCUGCCUGCUCACCACCUUGAAGUGUGAUGGCGCUGGGUGGGGCAUGAGGCGCCGUGUCAGGUACAUUGGCCGGCAUCGAGAUGAAGCUCCCAAGGAGGCUGGAGUCAAUGGUUAUGACACAGAGGUCAGCAUCAGAGAAGAGCAGCAGCAUCCAGCCAUGCAGGAAGUUACGAGGAGCGAAAGAAACUGUAAGAGGAAGCGGGAGGCAGAAGGAAGCAGCAAGGACAGGCACAGAGAUGAGGGCAAGACGAAUCGCAAGGUUCAGGGCAGCAGCAAAAAGAGUUCGAAGAAGGCAAAGAAGCGCACAGUGGAGUCCAACGAUGGUGACCCUCGGCACGGUAAGGACCGGUGGUCAGCCGAGCGCUACGCCGCAGCAGAGAAGAGCCUGCUCGAUAUCAUGCGCUCCAACGGUGCUCGUUCUGGCGCGCCGGUGAUGCGGCAGGUGCUGCGGGAGGAAGCCCGUAAGCACAUCGGCGACACCGGCCUCCUUGACCACCUGCUCAAGCACAUGGCCGGCCGGGUGCCAGAAGGCAGUGCUCACCGAUUCCGUCGCCGGCACAAUGCAGAUGGUGUGAUGGAGUACUGGCUGGAGCCGGCCGAGCUUGCUGAGGUGCGGCGACAGGCUGGUGUGUCUGAUCCAUACUGGGUGCCACCACCGGGAUGGAAGCCAGGUGACGACGUCUCCCUCGUUGCCGGUGACCUACUAGUCAAGAGGCAGGUUGAGGAGCUUACCGAGGAGGUCAAUGGUGUAAAAAGGCAAAUGGAGCAGCUAGUGGGCAAGGAUGAGAACUUUGAUGCAGAAAGAGCUUACAGUUCAUUGAAGGAGAAGUACCAGAGUGUUAUGAGGGAUAAUGAAAAGCUUGAGAAGCAGGUGUUCUCUUUGAAGGAUAUGUGCGAGAAUGUGGUUCAGAUGAAUGGUGAGCUGAAGAAGGAGGUGUUAUCCUUCAAGGAUAAAUAUGAGCAUGUAGCUUACAAGAAUGAUAAGUUAGAGGAGCAGGUUACCUAUCUUUCCAGCUCCUUCCUUUCUUUCAAGGAUCAGUUGGUGCUGGCGCUAAAGACAGGAACAUCUCGUCAGCUGGGAUUGGCUCCCAGUGAUGGCAAUCAAGAAUCUGCUCCCCUCACAGAAGUGUACCUUGCUUCUGGUGACCAGAUGACCCCGCGGGCCGACAGCACCGUCAUCCAAGGUGUCCCGGACAGCCUGGCAAGGAAGAGCAGCUUCCGUGUCUGCAAGCCACAGGGAACGUUCCUGUGGCCCAGCAUGGCGUCCGGCACGACCAUCAGCGGGGGAGCCAGCAGCAGCUGCCCGGCCACGGCCACGCCAGGCCCAGGGAUCCCUCGCAGCACCAGCUGCACCACUAGCGCCGGGCUGGGGCUCCAACGAUCAUCGCGAGCCCCAGCAGUUGAGGUGGCGGUGUCGGCAGUGUCAGCAGUGUCGGGCCUGGACGAGCACCUGAUGCUUGGCGCCCUCUCCUCCACGCCGCCCUCGGCAUCAUCCACUUACACCACUGCCACAGCGGCAAAGCUGCAGCUGUCCCUGUCCAGCCCGAGGUCACCACUGCAGCCGCAAAAGCUGUUCGGCACUUCUGCUGCUGCUGCCGGGUUUAGUCCUCAAAAGCUGCUGCAUUUCUCUGGCCUUACUCGACUUCAUGUGGACACGUCCUCAUCGUCCGGGGCCUGUCGCGCCAGCCCCCCGGAGGGGAGGAGGGCCCUUUUCAGUGCAGACGCCGGCCGGAUCAGCAUGGUGGCCACCGAACUGGCCCUGGCUACUCCCUCUUACUAGCUGAGCUGCUCGUACCUCCACUUCAUCACCUCUCUAGUCCCUCCACAUCCGCAAGCAGUCAGUCUUUGGCUUUUACUCGACCUCGGCGUGCACCAUUUUUUCUUAAGGAAGAGGCAGCACGCAACAUACAUAACAUGCAUACAGGAAAAAAGAAAAGAAAAGAAAGCAAAAAAAAGGUAGAAAAACAAGAAGAAUAGGAAGUCACUUGAGGGUUCUUGGUUGCAUAGUUCGUAGCCAUUUGAGGUUUAGUCAGUCCCUGGUUAAUUUUUGUGUCAUCGAAGCAUGUGUUCUGGUGGCUAGCUAGUACUUGCAUUGGAUUGAUCCCUUUAGUACAUAUAUUCUGCCGUCUUUGGUGCAUGACACAUUUGGAGUAGAAUGUGUCAGUUUUCCUGGCUCCAUUGGGCAUUUAUAGAGUUAUUAUAGACUAUAUAUCCUGUUACUCUCAUGUGGCAUAAAAUCAAUGCCUCGUUGAACCACAUACAUGCUUGGUAAUUUACUGUUGCUCGUAUAUAUAUCGGUGGUGUUCCUUUA